AUGGCUCCAUUCAGCUUUAACGAACUAGACUCGGAUACACGACGUAUUAUCUGGAAACGUGCAUUACUCCAGGCGUCGGCGGAGCGUAUAGUACUAAUCGACAACCAGACUAUCGACAACCAGACUACCUACGAAGACUCUCCCUAUAAUUCCCUUCGAGUCCUACCCUUCAGAUCUCUUGUUUCACCGAUCAUGGCUGUAAAUCAGGAGAGUCGAUCCUAUGCUCUCGAUUUCUAUGAUUUGGUGCUGCCCGUGUUCUUACUACCAAAACUUCCCAACAAUGACCUCUUUCGUGACAUCGAAGAACAGCAUAGAAUUUUACAUGAUACUGAAGAUCCCGAUGCUCCUUGGUGUGCCGACUACGAGAAGGGACGCGUAUACUCAAGUCUCCGACAUGAUAUCUUUCUCUCGGGUUUCCGACUCACUGCUAUAGACAUUUCAGACCCUUUAAAUCUGGCAUGGUACCUGUCACCGAGUUCUCCCUAUUAUAUGAGGGCUAUUCGAGAUCGGGUCAGUCUUCGAGUUAAGCACUUCACACAAUCUAUAUAUAAUGAACAACACCAGCAUAUACAAAAAGCACUGUCAGUCUGGGUACUAGCAGCCUGGUCUGAUAACCCCUACUGCGACCUCUCCGAUUCCCGUCCCCUGUCCAGCGAAUCGGGGUUAUUUAGCAUGGAACAGAAGCACCUUUACUGGGAAACACAAGUAUGCCCAUUUGCCACAAGGUACUUCUAUUGGCCUGACGUGACGUGGAGGGAUAUAGAUAGCCUAAUGCUACACCUCUUCGAGCGAGGCCCCGGUGAACCAUUGAAACCCCCGUACCAACUGAAGGAACUAAUAUCUAUCAAGCUGAGAGAAGGCGUCACUUACAAGAACAAGUUAAGAUGGCUAGGCAUGAGUGAAUACCUGAUCGACCCCUCUCAAGAAAAGGAAGAAGAGCAACAUCGCCCUUGUCGCGACCAGAACUCCAUCGACAACGGCUACGCCUGGAAAAAAAUGGAUUUGUUGGUCAAGGAGAUGGCGGACUGGAUAAAUCGAGCGAAUCUGAGAUCGCCAUGA